GUGGUAACAAGAUCCAUCUUCGGUUGCUGUUACUUUAUCACUUCAGAGUUCCUCAGUAGCCGCCAAGAUGGGCGGUUUCAAAAUUGUAGUAUCUUUAUUAUUACUAUCAGUUUACUAUGGACAUGGUCUUCCCAGAGUUGACCCCUUGGUGGAUACAGAGGUGGGGCUAAUCAGGGGCCUUACGUCUGAUCAAGGCUCUUAUUCCAUGUUUCUGGGCAUCCCGUAUGCAACAGUGAACGCGUCCAAUCCUUUUGGGCCUUCCAUUCCACAUUCCCGUUUUGAAGGUACAUUUGACGCUUUCGACGACUCGGCGAUAUGUCCUCAGUAUAAUGAAUUCACCAACGAGGUGGCCGGCACUCUGGACUGUUUGCACCUGAACGUUUUCGUGCCGAGCACCGCAGGCUCUAACAACCGCCGCCCUGUGAUGGUUUGGAUCUAUGGUGGUGGCUUUUCCUAUGGGUUUGCAGGAAGAUCCGUCUAUGGACCGGACUAUUUAGUUAGACAUGAUGUCAUAUUAGUAACACUAAACUAUCGUGUCGGAGCUUACGGUUUUAUGUGUCUCGGUACUCCUGAAGUACCAGGCAAUCAGGGCCUAAAAGAUCAGCUGACUGCAUUGCGUUGGAUAAAAAAAAAUAUUGAAGCAUUUGGAGGUGAUAGUAAUAAGAUAACGAUAUUCGGAGAGAGCGCUGGUAGUGUUUCAGUUGAUUUGCACUAUUUGUAUACACAGGAAGAUCUCUUCCAGAAUGUCAUCAUGCAGAGUGGCACUUCUUUAUCCUACUUCGCUGUAAUGGAACCAAAUCAAGAGGCCCCUUUGAUGUUGGCUCAACAGCUUGGUUUUACAACAAGUAACUUAAAUGAAGCCUUAACGUUUUUGGGAACUGUAAAUACAGAUCUCGUAAUUGCAGCAACUCCUCGAAUAAUGAUUUCACUGGUGCCCUGCGUAGAGAAACAAUUUGAUGGUGUCGAAAGGUUUUUAACAGAAUACCCGGUUAAUUUAGAAGCGCGAAACAAAGUAAAUAUACUAAUAGGCUUUAAUGACCAAGAAAUGCUUACCACUUACGUUAAUCAAUCACCAGAAUACUACGCGUCUCUUAAUGUAUUUCAAGAAUCUCUUAGUUCUACUUUUAACUUUGAACCUGAAUAUCUUAAAAAGAUGGUUGAUAAUGUCCGUCAAUUUUAUAUAGGCGAUGUAGAGUUAAGUGAAAGCGUGAAAUGGGAAUUGAUUGACUUCAGUUCGGACUUUAUUUUUAUCUAUCCCACAUACAGGGUUAUAGAGAAGUACAAGUCCACCGGUAGCAGUUCCAUAUAUUGUUAUCUGUUCGCUUAUGAUGGCGACAGGAACUUUUUCAAGAGACGACUGAACAUUACAGAAGGUAGCGCUGCACACGCUGAUGAAAUAAGUUAUUUAUUCAAUUUUUCUGAGUUCAGUGAAACUCCUACUCCUGAAGAUCAGCUUAUUAUUGACCGUAUUACUGCUAUGUGGGCUAAUUUUGCAAAAUACAGCAACCCUACUCCCGGAGAAACAGAUUUAAUUCCAAUUCAAUGGCCGGCUGUCACAGGAGAGUCACUCAGUUUUUUGAAAAUCGAUUCAGAACUCGCUGUAUACCAAAGGCCAUACUAUGACAGAAUGGCCUUCUGGAAUUUAUUCUACAGGUUAAACAAGGCUUAUGAGAAAGGUUAUAGAGAGGAUUAAACCGAAAGCGACUAACAUUUGACGGAUAAAGUACCAAUAUCAUUUUAAUACCAUUAAAAUAAACAAUAGAUUUUUGUUUAAUUUAAAACAUUUUGGAAAUUUUGGAUUGUAAAAUAACAUAUGACACUGUAUCAAAUGAUAAUGGUUUUAUUCUAUCAAAAUUUGUUUUAUCACGUCAUGUUGUAACAUAAAUAUUUCGAAGCAUUCCGACAAAGAUUUUGUAGAAAAAAUUGUUGCAUAACAUUUGAUAAUCCAUGUUAUAAUACGUUAUCUUGAUAAUUUUGUUAAAUUGAAUAAUAUGUGUCACUUCUGUGUGGGAGCAUCUAACCCAUUUAUACGAUUAAGAUAAAGGUACCUUUAAAUAAAUCCAUAUUUAGUAGUUUCACUUUUAAAUUAGAUAUAUUAAAAAAAAAUAGGACAAAAUCA